AAGGAACUAUUGUUCAUUCACAGCAGUUUAAUUUCUGGAAUCGAAGACGAUUCUGUUAAACAAGUAGUUCAGAAUUUUCAAGCAAGAAGAAGAUGAAUCCGAGCAUUUUCUCUUGCAAUCUACGGUCAAAUUUGGGGAGCGACCUGGCCCUCAAGUCUUCCGCAUCAAAGUCCAACGCCGAGGAGUUCCCAGAAAUCAACGCCUUAAAACUCCAAUAAUUUUGGGGGUAUUUCGUUAAUUUCCCCUAAUUUGUUUGAGAUUUUCAGAUUCAGAACGACAAGUCGUCAUGGAAACGAAUCUAUCGCGUGUGGAAUCGUCUUCAUUUGCGCUCAUUUUCAGGCACUGGGAUGAGGGAUUUAACGAACUUUGAAUUAUUGGAGGGCCCUUCUGAUGUGGAGAGGAGAAAUAAUUUUCAACUUUGGCGCGUCAAACGUUGCUGCUCGGCUCGAUAAGCCUGUGGAGAAGAGCAGCGUACUUUGGAAGAUACUUCAACUUGGGCUGUUGCGGUUGUUUGUUUUUUCUUGGUUGCUAUUUCAAUCUUCAUUGAACAUCUCAUUCACCUCACCGAAAAGUGGCUGGAGAGAAGGCAUAAGCCAGCGCUUGUUGAAGCUCUAGAAAAGGUUAAAGCAGAGCUUAUGCUGUUGGGAUUUAUAUCCCUACUUCUAACUAUUGGACAAGAUGCUGUCACUAAAAUUUGCGUUUCGAGGGAGCUUGCGGCAACUUGGCGUCCCUGUGCAGGAAAAGAAAAAGCACCCAAGAACAGCCGUCUUAAACUUUUUGAAUUUUUAGAUCCUGAUUAUGGUUCGAGGCGUAUUUUAGCUUCAAAAGGAAACGAUGCAUGUGCUGAUAGGGGCCAAGUCGCCUUUGUGUCAGCAUAUGGAAUCCACCAGCUCCAUAUUUUCAUCUUUGUACUGGCUGUCUUCCAUGUCUUAUACUGCAUAGCCACUUUGGCUUUGGGCAGAACAAAGAUGAGAAAAUGGAAGGCUUGGGAGGACGAGACAAAAACACUUGAAUACCAGUACUAUAAUGAUCCAGCAAGGUUUAGAUUUGCUAGAGAUACAACGUUUGGACGCCGACACUUGAGCUUCUGGAGUCGUACACCAGUUUUCCUCUGGAUUGUUUGUUUCUUCAGACAAUUCUUUGGAUCAGUUACCAAGGUUGAUUACAUGACAUUGAGACAUGGAUUCAUCGUUGCUCAUUUGGCGCCCGGAAGUGAAGUAAAAUUUGAUUUCCACAAAUACAUUAGCAGAUCUCUCGAAAAUGACUUUAAAGUUGUUGUGGGGAUUAGCCCAGCGAUGUGGCUAUUUGCUGUUCUGUUCAUCCUAACCAAUACGCAUGGGUGGUAUUCAUAUCUAUGGCUGCCUUUCAUCUCCUUAAUUAUAAUUCUAUUGGUGGGAACGAAGCUCCAUGUUAUCAUAACAAAGAUGGGAUUGACAAUUCAAGAAAGGGGCCAUGUUAUAAAGGGUGUUCCCGUCGUUCAGCCCCGGGAUGAUCUCUUUUGGUUCGGACGCCCACAACUUAUUCUCUUUCUGAUUCACUUCGUUCUCUUUCAGAAUGCAUUUCAGCUUGCCUUCUUUGCUUGGACCACAUAUGCAUUUAGCUUGAGAUCUUGCUUCCAUCAGAAGAUUGAAGACAUUGCCAUUAGACUCUCAAUGGGAGUCAUCAUACAAGUUCUAUGCAGUUAUGUGACGCUCCCACUCUAUGCUCUGGUUACUCAGAUGGGCUCUAACAUGAAACCAACCAUUUUCAACGAACGAGUAGCAACGGCAUUGAAGAACUGGCACCACUCUGCCAAAAAACACAUGAAGCAACACCGCAACCCGGAUGGUACCUCGCCAUUCUCAAGCAGGCCAGCUACUCCAACGCACGGUAUGUCUCCCCUCCACCUUCUGCACAAACAUCAGCAGAGCAGCACAUCUCCCAGGCUAUCUGAUGCCGAACACGACCGUUGGGGCAUUGAAGAGCGACCUCUUUCACAUCAUAGUAGAGCCCAUGAUCAUCAAGAACACGAACAUUCCAUUCGACCUUCUUCACAUCAUAGUAGAGCCCAUGAUCAUCAAGAACACGAACAUUCUGUUUCCAGUGGAGAACAGGAGAUGACAGCUCAACAACCAAGUUCAACCAUACCAGGUACCACACCACGUCCUGCUCGUAACGAAAAUGAAAUCACUAGGACUCCCUCAGACUUCUCAUUUGCCAAAUGAUUUAGCCAUGGGAAAUAAGAUCACCCACAACACAUAUUCUUGCACGUUCUUCAAGUACAGGACAGUUCUUUAUACACUUGAGAGGACAGUUCUUUAUACACUUGAGAGGACAGUUCUUUAUACACUUGAGAGGACAGUUCUUUAUACACUUGAGAGGACAGUUCUAUAGCCAUGGCAUAGCAACUAGUUUCCUAUAGCUGUUUUUCCCAAUUUUUCUAUAUUAAUUGACAAGAAAGCCAUUCUUUUCCCACAAUGUUCUAUAUGAAAUGUUCUUGAGAUCUUCCAUCUGUGAUCUGUCACUUCUUGCAGAUAUAAAAUAUUGUAUGGAUUUUUUGAAAGGGUUGAAUACAAAGACAAAGCUUAUCUCCA